ACGUGCGCUGCCUGCUCGCAAACGCAGAGCUGAGCGGCAGCUUCGUGGACACCGUGGUCGUGGACGACAUGCCGUCGCCCGUCUUCAAGCCGCACGCCGCGACGUACGCCUAUCUGAUGGAGCGGGCAGGCUCCUCGGAGGAGGACACGUGGCUCGUCUCGAGCAACCCGUUCGACAUCCUCGGCGCCGCCGCGUGCGGCUGGAGGACGGCGUGGAUGAAGCGCGGCGAGCGGCCGAACUACGUCAUGGAUCCGUGGGCAGACAGCCCGGGCCCAACCGUCGUCGUGAGCUCCUUCUUGGAGCUGGCGGACGCAGUGGCGAGCCACCCUCCCCGCGGGGCGUGA